CCUCCUCAGACUUGCUCCUGUGCUCCGCUAGUCCGUCCGGGGGAGCCGAAGAACAACUCGACAAAGUCCCAACUAUGGAAGGCGACAACAUAAUAAUGCCUGUUUGACUCGGGGAGAUUUACCAAGAUGCCAGGCCUUUUGUCCAGUCCUGUGUGUCUGACAGUCAUCUGGUUUUUAUCUUGGUCGCUGCGUCCCAGCCGGGCUCAGAUUCGGACUGAUGAAGUGUCAGGCGUGCAGUUUGGGCGCUUGGAGUCGAAUGUGACACUGGCAUGCGGGAAAUCACAAAUCAGGACACCUGUGGUGUGGCAUCUCAACCGCAGCUCGGCGUUACCAUGGCACAAACUAACAUCAGAUGGAACCUUAGUCCUGCUGCGCGCCAACCACUCAGCGCAGGGCAACUACAGCUGCUAUGACAACCGGGGGCUCCUCCUCCACUCCGUCAAACUCAGGCUGGGCCACCCCCCUGGGCUGCUGAGCAUUUCCUGUCAAGUGCCGAAUCACACGCAUGUUCGCUGCUCCUGGGUGGAAGCAGUGAAGACCUUCCUGCCAGCCACGUACAAUGCCUCCCUCAGGGGGACUGGACAGGAGUGGAGGCCGUGUGUCGUGGAUGUCGUCCGCAAGCACUGUGAUGUAGAUCACCCUGCCUUCUGGCAGACCAUCCAUACCCUGAGAGUCACAGAGACCAACGCCCUUGGGUCGGAGACAACAUCUGUCCGGUUUAAAUUACAUGAGCUUUUGAAACCGGACCCUCCAGAGUCACUGCUGGUCAAGGAGCUCGAAGGCUAUCCAAAGAGGCUGAUCGUCUCAUGGAACUUUCCCUCCUCCUGGCCGCUGCAUGAUGCUUUCCCUCUUAUUUUUCAGAUCAGAUACAGGCCACAGGGCUCUGUGUACUGGUCAGAGGUUUACUCUGAGGAGAGUCCAGUCGUAAUAUUCGACGCCCUGGCCGGUCACUUCCACCAGGUUCAGGUCCGAGCCCGUGACGAGGUGAACUCUGAGAGCCAGUGGAGUGAAUGGAGUCCCCUGCAUCUCGUCAGGCCCUGGGAAGUCUCCUCCACCCCUCUAUCUCCAGAGAAUCUCCCGCCAGAGGGAGACUAUCCAGAUUAUUUUUUCCCCUUCAACUCAAAACCCGAAACCUCCACGGAAAAGUCGAACAAUGCAGCACUUCCUGAGGAUGAAGGUAAUUUGGGUUUGGUGAUUCUGCUGGUUUUGUUCUCCGUGGUCAUCCUCACCACCGUCCUUUCCCUCAUCUUUGUCGUGUGGGUAAGGCAGAGGCGGCGCGAUCAUGUGACCAAACAGGAACUCACCUCUAUGGUCAAGAUGAAGUCCAUGCCAAUCUAAUGUUGAUUUCAAGCAUCCUCUCCACGUCAGCCCGUUCUAGGGCUUCUCCCAAGAGUCAGCCUCUGCCUUCACCACUGUAGCAAGCUGACCGUCCGUACUUCACUACAUUAACCAGAAUGCAUCAGCCGGGGUCAAACCAGGAUCCAGGACAGGGAUACAAGGAACUCUGUGGAGUGGGGUAAAGUUACCCAGCAUCAAAAAGCUGAAUGAAGGGUAUGUUUCGCAAGAUUUCCAUGGACUUAUUCAGUGGUCACAUCUAACUGUACUACCCAUAAUGCAUCAGCGGACUUCACUUACUGUCCGUGGGGACAGGGGGAAAACAGACCCUUCUCUGUUUCACGUUCACUUCAGCAACUUGACUGCAGCUCACUCCUCAGCGGACUGCAGGAGCGACACUGCAUCAGGAGAUUCGAGUUCACUUACAACCAAUGCUGCUUCAGGUGGACUGACUCCUCCCCCUUUUUGGAGAGGAGCGACAUUUUUUUUUUUGAACUUUUAAGCAUCAAGUAGGGACAGGAAGUGCAGCUGCCAAACAAGAGAACAUAGGCUUUUUUUGUUUGUGGGAAUGGGAAGUUUUUUUGGAGGGAAGAAUUUUCCUCUCUUCUCCCACCCAGAACUCCUCACGUUCUUUUAUUUUUUUGAGUUUCGUUGUGAGAAGUAACAGAUUAAUGUGCGUCCGUUAUUACAUCGACUGACCGACCGACUCAAUGCUGUGAAGGAAGCAUAACUGCCAGUCUCUGUGUGCGCAUCUGAUGCCAAAGCAGCAACCACGGGCAUUAAGGGUCUCAGCUGAGGGGCAGGGAGCAGCCUGUUACUGGCUCCUGACCCGAGGAAUGGACAUGGAGAAUAAGGUCCAGGGUGGGCGGGCUGGGUUGACUUUAUUUCAUUUACGACAAGUGAUUUUAUGUUGCAUGAUAUGCUUGUUAUGUCGUCUGAUGUCUUCAGCACCGGUGUUCUUUUGUUGCUUUUGUCAUACCUCUUUCUAUCCAUCCAUCUACUGUUACUGAAUGUGUGACUGAAAGACACACGAGGGGAGAAAGAGAGUUAAUUAAGAGAUACUGGCCUUUCACAAACCACCAGCAUUAUGACAUUACAUCAGUACUUAGCUAGAGAAUAUAAAAAAUAGAUAGUCAGCCGUCCUGUCUAGACUCCAAACAACCCCUAAUACCUUCUUUCUCAAUGUGUGUCAUUACAUUUCGUUUUUAAAGUUCAAACACAACCUUUUAAGAGCAAUUCAGGCUGAAAAAUGGUGUUUUGCUGCCGUAUGUGGUUGAAGGUUUCAGCCCCGUUUCUCCCAGAAUAACACCCAAUACUGAUGUUACAAGGUCCUGGUGUACACCUGUGCAUCUCUGCAGUGAGCUGAGAAGUUAAACCAAUGGAGGUCAGAGAGAACAAGCUUUUAAUGUGGUGUUAAGGGUUGACGUACUCUUUAAAAUCAAGAUGGUUAAGAGAAAAGUUAAAGAGAAAAAGAAAGUUGUAGGGUUUGCCUUGCGAUUUAAAUUUGGGGUAGAUAUCACAAUUUCUGUCACAAUACGACAUAUUCUUCGACGGAAAUGGUGAACCAGACGUGUCUUGGGAAAUUCAACGUAAAGGCAUGUCUAAAACAGUGGUUCCCGAAUUGUCCAGCCACAGUCCAGAUUUGUCCAUAGUGAUUAGUUUGAGGUCCACACGGUUAAAAAUAUUCAGCGUCAAACUUGCGUUUAACCAUGUCGUCAAGCUAGUUUGCUGUCUCUGUUAAGUAGCUGUGCAUUAGUCACUCACUCCACAGCAGGAAACAGCACUUAAAAAUAAAAGCUCUGUGCCGGAAAUUCACUGUACUUCAAAAUAAAGUGUGUUUUUUACAAUCUAGACACGUUUGCAAGUCACUUGUGGUCCAUUCUGAAUGGACCCACGACCCAUCAGUUGGGAACCACUUGUCCAAACAAUGACGAUUUGUAUCGAUGUUUUCAAUCAGCAUCUAUAAUACUGGAUCAUUGAUCAUUGAAUUGAUAUAUUGGACCAGAUCGAUGUAUCGUUACACCCCUAAUUUACAGUAUACAUGGUUUGUUUUGCGUUUAAAAUACAUGUGUAAUAUGACAGUGUCCAAUGUAGGGCUGACGCUAUCCGGUAUCUUUAUUAUCAAGUAAUCUUUCAAGCAUUAUUUUUAAGAUAUAUAAAAUGCGACAAUGCCAUAAAGUUGAGGAAAGCAGCUCAUCUUAACGACUGAGGAGCUGCAACUGGCAAAUAUUUGGCACUUAAAUGAUAUUAUCGUUGUCUAUCGACAAGUACACUAAACAACUUUAAGCACUAGGCCAUUGUUACACCAUUAAAGUUACUUUCACCCCUUUUUAACUUUAUAAGACCUAUAGUGUUUCAUGUGAAUUGUUGGUGUGGGGUUACUCACUCAGGUUCAUUCAUCUCUAGUGAUAUUACCUACAGAUAAGAGGAAUGCAGUAACAAGACAAUAAGAGGCAUAUUUUAACUAGACACACAAAAUAGUUGCCUAUACUGAUACAAUAAGAAAAAGGAGAAAAAAAAGAAGUUAUAGAUUUAAGGGUGAAAUCACAUAAUAAUAUGUAGGGCUGGGCAGUCUAUUGAUAUUCUAUGGAUGUUGUGAUGAGAGACUAGAUAUCACCUUAGAGUUCUGGUAUCAUAAUAUUGUUAGUGUUGUAUUUUCCUGGUUUUAAAGGCAGCGUUGCAGUAAAGUGAUGUCAUGUUCUGAACCUACCAGACUGUCCUUUACCCACUUAUUCAUUAUAUCCACAUUACAUGCAAUUAUCUAUUAAAAAAAUCUCAUUGUGUCAAUAUUUUGUGAAAGCACCAAUAGUCAACCCCUACGAUAUCGUUAUCGUAUUUGGUCAAAAAUAUUAUGAUAUUUGAUUUUCUCUGUCUCACCCAGCCCUAAUUACAAGCUGGUUCAUUAAUAUAAUGGGAUUAAAGCCAGCAAGCUAAAAGCUAGCUAAAAUUAUAUUAAGCACUUUGUUUUCCAGCAAAAUUAUUUGAGAAAGAAUCAUUUUACCUAAAAGUCCUUUUGGGAAACUGCUCUCAUGAACAAAUAACAGACAUGUUAAGUGUCUCCAAGACUGUGCUACUGUAGGUGUAGUUCAAAUAGGAAUGAAAAUAAAGUUUAUCAGUGCAACUCAUAGUCAAUGCGGGAUUUAUACUUCUGUGUCAAAUCAACGCUGUAGCCUGACGUGCACCUCCCCAGGAAUGUAACUACAAGUUGCAGCGACGCAGACCUCCUGUCUAUUUCUGUAAGCUGAAACCAUUUCCAUCGGUGUUUACGAAGCUUUUAUUUACUUUAAUUCCACAGAUAAGAAACAAUAAGUUGUGAAGACAAUAAAGCCUCCACAAAAAUAGCAUUUUAAGUCUUGUGUGUGAUUUAUCCUGGCUUCAUAUGAGCAGAGGAAAUCUCCACUAGUCCCUAGGCUAAUUUAUACAAUGUAAAAUGCCAUAGGCUUUUGCUAAUAACGUUAGCAUGUUGUAUUUGUUUGGAAAACGUGUUUAGUUUUAGAGAGUUGUUUUGUCGGUGAACCUUGUGUGCUGAAUUUUUAACAUUACCUUUGUUAAAUGUUGCUGUUUAUGGCUUCACAUGAGUAGAGGAAAAGUCCGCUAGCAGCUAGGCUAAUUUAUACAAUGUAAAAUGCCAUAGGCUUGUGCUAAAAACAUUAGCAUGUUGUAUUUGUGGGGAAAAUGUGUCCAGCAAAAGACAAGUGUUUGUCUGUGAAUACUGCGAGUUAUAGUAAAGCUGAUGUGUGUACUAGUGUUUGAAAUUGUCACUAUUAAGUCAUGUUUAAUGUGUUUUGAAUCAAUUAAACUUUACACCUCUGCUGCCAACUAGUGUUUUGGAGGUGUAACUGCAGAGUGAUACAGACACACCACCGCACAAGUAAAAAUGCUCACAUCGGCUACGGCGUAGGCUUUGCUUAGAGCUGACGCACAAGUAUAAAUCCCGCUUAACUUUGACAUGGGUUCUUUUCACAUGGUGAGUGGACUCUCACAGUCACUGCCGCUAUCACCGCCUACUCAGAUAGAGAUGAAAUGGUUUGUUGACAGUUGCGAUGGAAACAUUCAGUAGCAUUAUGUUCUUGUUUACCACAUGAAUAACAAAAAAUGUGCACCAGUAAGCUUGCAGUAGUAAAUUGUUGAUGUGUUGGUGUAGCUGAACAAAGUGAUUGUACUUGUCUUCUCCAUCUCCAUAACUGACAAAUCAGCAGACUCUUGUUUCACCAGUCGUGGCUUCAUCAACUGGUUAGUAAUCUCAUGGAAGCUGAGUUUAUGUAGCUGAAUCAGAGCGUGCUGGUUGGCGGGCGUGAACACGAGAUGAGCACCAACACUACUAACUGACAAGAGCGACUCUCGUUCGCUGUACUCGUGUCUCACGACCCACCAGCUCAUAGAAAGUGGGUGGUCAGUGCUCGCCGAAUGGAAAGCUCCAAAUACCUCUAGUACACUAUAUCUGGUUUAGUUUUGCUUUUGACUCCUACAAACCUUGUGUCCUGGCUGACUGUCUGCAACAGAUGGAAGUGAGACGCUCUGCUGCUUGAGCGAGGUGCUCGCAUUAAAAAAAAAAAAAAAAAAAACCUUCUUUCUUUCUCUUUCUGUUGGUCUGGUGGUUUUGUUCUGUCGAUCCAAAGCUGUGUAGUUAUCAAUUGAUUGAUUGACUGACUGUGUAGUUUGUAUCAGAAACACAAGGUGCAUCCAAGUCAAACUCUUUCCAGUUUGACGACUGUAUGUUCUCUCAAGCUAGCUCCACAUAUUAUGCAUGGAUCCAGUUGAAGCUUUUUUUAUGUAUAUUAUUGUAUAUCACACUUUAAAAAAAAUACAUUUCAUGUAUGUUAUUAUAAAUGAUUUUUAUGUAUGUAAAGAAAAAAAAAACUCAGGGAACGUUUCACAGACGUGGAUUAACUCAGUCUUGUUUUAAUUUGCAGUUUUACAGUUCAUUAUUCGACGUACGGUUAAAUCAGGAAACCCAGGAGACAAAACAUGCAUUUUAUUAAUUGAAAAAUAAUAAAAACAAAGAAGAAUGGCGAUAAAUAUUCCGUCUUUAAAGGCCGGAGUAGAGCAAAAUUGCGAUGCGAGAUUGCGAUGCGAGAAAAGGGACUGGAGGGAGAUUCCCGACAGGAAAAUAGUUUAGUGACUGAGGAUAAUCCAUGUCUGGAGAACCUUCCCAGCAUUGUGUAUUUGUGUCUUUCUCCCCAGUUAUAUGAAGCUGUGUUAACUGUAUGAUUACUGUAUGGACAAUGUGUUUACUGAACUUCAUCCAACUUGCUUUACUUUAAUGUUCAGUUUCAUUCAUUUCUCUGCAGUCAGAUUAAUGACUUUCCCCCCGGCUCUUCAGUGGCAGCGUUCACAUUUUCAAAUUAUUCAAGUUAUAUUGGACAGAGAGCUCUUUCUGUUGAAAUUGGGGUAAAAUUUAAAUAGCAGAUUAGCGUUAGCUGCAAAAUUAUUAAGUAUCUGAACGCUUAGAGCUUGGGAAAACAAAAACAUGUACUUGCAAUGACAUGUCUAUUAACAAAAUCUAAAAAGUUAAAAAAAAAUUCCCGUAAUUCAUUCUUUUAAACUGGAUUUGAAAACCGUUAACUGGCAACGCAUGGGCCAGUAAUGAAUGAAUGUAAGUAUGUUUAUUUUUAAGCAUAAUAUUACCUCCACAUGUUAAGGCACCAUCAUUUCCUUUAAUGGUUUUCUUUCUUUCAGUGCCUGGAUAUUGAAUUUAUUUUUCCAUGCUUUUCUAGGCCGUCAAUGUGUGGUUAACGACCCUGCUACCUGCUCACUCAUUGUAACCUAUGCUCUUUCAUACGGCAUACCUACACACAAAAAAAAAUUCAAAAUAUAGUAAAUAUUAAAGUGCUAAAACUGACAUGAGGAGAGCCAUUUCUUCAUAACUGCUCGGGUUCACGGGUAACAAAGUUAAUAUUUUUCCAAUUUGAAUCGCAACUGAUUGAUUUUUAACAAGAUUUUUUUACGAUGCAGACACUUUGCCGAGUCAAAUUUUAUAAACCAUCCAUCAGAUUGAAUCUUAUGUGGGCCAUGUGCAGUAUCACUGACUGUUUUUUCACCCUGUCCAUCCUGUAUUCGAGGUUAACGUGAUCCAUUUUCUUUCUGUAUGUGCGUAGCUAUGGAACGCCACCUUUUGGUUCCUCUCUAGUGGUGUUUUCUCUGUUUUGUGGACACACGUGUGGUAUUCUCAGUCUUUCUAUGUUCCUCUGCAGUAUGUGAUGGCAGAUGGAGCCUGUUGGUUUUAGUUCUUAAACCUCAAAUUACACUCAGGCAUCCAUUCUCAGAUGUACAUAGUCUUUUUUUUUUUUUUUUUUGCUUUAUGUGUACAACAGAUAUCACCAUAAGCUGUUUUUUUUCUUCCUGUCCUUGUAUGUCUGUGAAAUAAAUACUAUUUUAUCACA